AUGGAUUACAAGGCAUUAGUAAAUACUUUACAAAGACACACAAAAUGCACAAAAAGUACAUGUCUUAGGAAAAAAGGCCAUUCAUUACAAUGUCGUUGCAAGGCUUCGUGGCCUGAACAAGAGAAAUCUACAUUAGCCCUUGAUAGCGACACAAAUCCAUGCUAUACAACUGCAAGGAAUGAUGACUGCUUGAAUAUUCACAACCCUUGCAUGCUUUCAAUAAGGCGUGCUAAUAUGGAUUGCCAACCUGUAACUUCAAGAAAAGUCGUGCUGCAAUACAUUUCAAAGUAUGCUUCAAAAUCUGAAAAAAGAUCAGAAUAUUAUACUGAAAUGCUCAAAACUAUUGUGAAUGCAAGUGAAUCUAAAGAUGUUGUCCUAUCUACAUACCAUAAAUUUAUGAUGCACAUAAUAGCAUAUCGUGAUAUCAACGCACAAGAGACUUGUCACAUGCUGCAAAAAAUUUCGCUCAUUAAUUGUAGCUGCCAGUUUUUGUCUCUUAAUGUUAGUAAAAAACCACUACAUGAUAUCACAAAAUCAAAUCAUGAAACAAACCUACCAAGAAGUUAUAUCCAUGCUUACAUGCAACGCCCUUCUGGCUUAAAUACAACAACACUCCUUCAAUCUGCACAGGACUUUUCAUAUGUUCCACAACGUAAAAAAGAAAAAUGGCAACUUAGAGAGCAAAAAGCUAUUGUAAAUGUAUAUCCACAUUUCCCGGAACCUCUCAUUGAAGAUAGUGACGAGUUUGAUCUUUUUUGUUGGUUUGAAUUCUUACUGUACAAACCGUUCCGUGACAUGGCAACAAAAAUAGGAACUUCUAAAGAUCAAGUUAUAGCAAAUUGGAAAGACUUCAGUUCAAACGGCUACGUUCGAUUGUAUGAUACCCAUCUCAUGCAUGCCCUUCCACCUCAAGAUGCAGAUGAUAGUGACGAUAAUGACUGGGAACACCAAGAAGAAUCAAAUCUAUAUGAGUGGCAAUUCAUCUCACAGAUGGGAGCCACAAAUCAGUCAACCAAAAAUGAAUUACAAAUGUUAGGUCGACGUGACUAUGAUAUUAGCUACUCAUGGCCCACCAAUAUUGCAAAUGAGCAAUUGGAGUCUAACGCUACCCAAUUCAUAUCUGCAAGUAAAUCACAAUUUCACCCCCCUCCAAUCCAAGUCCCAUUCAUUGACAGUGAGAAAUUCCAUCUCUCCUCUCAACAAAAACUUGCACUUGACAUAAUUCUACAACAUCAUUCUCAACAAGCUGGAACAAUACCUCUCAGAAUGAUUGUUCAAGGAACAUCAGGCACUAGGAAAUCAUUCUUAAUACAUUGCAUCAGACAAAAUUUGAAUGUCUCUACAAGAAUUCAAGGAAAUCCAUUGUUGGUUCUUGCUCCUAUAGGUGUUGCUGCAUAUAAUAUUCAAGGAACAACUCUUCAUGCAGGCCUUUGA